GUCACUCGGAGCGUGAGGCUCCGUGCAGUCCUCCGCGACCGACCCGGCGGAAAAAGGAAGGCCAAAAAAAACGAGGCAAAAGAACCCCAACAUCAAAUACACCAAAUAUGUUGAGAUCCAACAUCAGACAGUUCGUCAGAUUCAACUCUUCCAAGGCCGGCCACUACGACGCGGUGGUCAUCGGUGGCGGCCCAGGUGGGUACGUGCACGCCAUCAAGUUGGCGCAGCUCAACUACAAAACCGCAUGUAUUGAGUCCCGUGGCUCUCUCGGAGGCACCUGUCUCAAUGUCGGCUGUAUCCCAUCCAAGGCCCUCUUGAACAACUCCCACUUGUACCACCAGAUCAAGCACGACUCUGCCAACAGAGGUAUCGAGAUCGCCGGCGAUGUGUCCGUGAACGUGAGCAAGUUGCAAGCUGCCAAGGACAAGGCCGUCAAGGGCUUGACCUCCGGUGUUGAGAUGCUUUUCAAGAAAAACGGCGUGACUUACUUGAAGGGAUACGGCUCGUUUGUCGACGACAAGACGGUCAGCGUCAAGGGCCUCGACGGUGACGAAUACAAGGUCACCGCUGACAACAUCACCAUUGCCACCGGCUCCGAGCCAACCCCAUUCCCAGGCAUCGAGAUCGACGAGGAGCGCAUUGUCUCCUCCACCGGUGCUUUGACCUUGAAGGAGGUCCCAAAGAAGAUGGCCAUCAUUGGAGGUGGUAUCAUCGGUUUGGAGAUGGCCUCUGUCUGGUCCAGAUUGGGCUCCGAGGUCACCAUCAUCGAGUUCCAGGACUCCAUCGGUGCCGGUAUGGACGCUGAGGUUGCCAAGACCACCCAGAAGUUGUUGGCCAAGCAAGGCUUGAAGUUCAAGUUGAACACCAAGGUCACCAAGGGUGUCAGAGAGGGUGAGAACGUCAAGUCCGGCAAGACCGAGGAAAUGGACGCUGAUGUCUUGUUGGUUGCCAUCGGUAGACGUCCAUUCACCAAGGGCUUGAACCACGAGGUUCUUGGCUUGGAGCAGGACGACAAGGGACGUUUGGUCAUUGACUCCCAAUUCAGAACGGCCAAGCCACACAUUAGAGUCAUUGGUGACGUCACCUUUGGCCCCAUGUUGGCCCACAAAGCCGAGGAGGAGGGCAUUGCUGCCGCCGAGUACAUCAAGCAUGGUCACGGACACGUCAACUACGGCAACAUUCCAUCUGUCAUGUACACCCACCCAGAGGUCGCCUGGGUCGGUGCCAACGAGCAGCAAUUGAAGGCUGAUGGCAUCAAGUACAAGGUUGGAAAGUUCCCAUUCAUUGCCAACUCCAGAGCUAAGACUAACCUUGACACUGAUGGUUUCGUGAAGUUCCUUGCUGACGCCGAGACACAAAGAGUCUUGGGUGUUCACAUCAUUGGUCCAAACGCCGGUGAGAUGAUUGCCGAGGGUGGCUUGGCCAUGGAGUACGGUGCUUCUACUGAGGACAUUGCCAGAACCUGUCACGCCCACCCAACUUUGUCUGAAGCCUUCAAGGAAGCUGCCUUGGCCACUUUCGACAAGCCAAUCAACUUUUAGAGCGCUUCUGAGGUUGUGAGAUAUCGGAUAUAUGUCUCAGUUGAAAAUAAAUAUCACUACUUGCCCGGGAAUGCGUAACGCAUUAAAGUAACGUAAAAGACCGGCCCAAA